UUAUUAAUUAAUAUUAUUAUCAAACUCUAAAUGGACGAAGACUCUAACAGCAAUAGCUUUCUUGAACCCCUGCAAAAGGAAUCGAUGACGAAGAGAAAUAGCGCUAAUGCGAGAUGAUACCAGAAUAAACCUCAACCUAAACAGAGUAAGAUAUAGCAACCACUCCUGCAGUUAGAGUAGUAGGUGCGGAAGAUUUUACCUCCAACGUUGUCAUGACGCCUAUAGAAGUCAGCAAGUUUGAAGAGGACAAAGAUCCGUCAAUGAACUUCGAAAGAGACCUUGAACCAAAUAAUGUUGGCAAAGGAGCCAGAACUAAGGACAAUACCUGAAAUAGAAGAGGAAUCAGACGGGGAAGAAAACAAUCUAGGUCCCUACUUGGUAUCAAGAAUAGCAAGCCAGCAGAUCUUUGAAAGCCUGAAGAUGGCAGUGCAAAGGCUCGGAUAAAGGAGAGUCUCCUUAAAGUGCCCCUCAAGUCUUCCAGCUCUGCUAAUAUCGGAAACUGAAUGGGUAGGAAAGACAUUGAAGCACAGACUUUUGAAGUUCAAAGGAGGUACAAUAUUCUCAAAUGCGUUGGAGAAGGAAAGCAAGGAGCGGUCUACCUUUCCUUAGACACCGAGACUAAAAAGAAAGUCGCUAUUAAAAUAGUCAACAAGGAUCCUGAAGAACAGGAAAGGUUCAAACAGGAAGUGAAAAUACUGAAAUUAAUCCAAAAUUUCCCACCUGAAAAAUGUUUUCCCGAGAUCUAUGGAAUUGAAGUCCGUAAAACAUCUUAUUUAGUUUCCGAGCUAUUAGGAGAUAGUUUAAUGGAUAUCCAAGAGAAAUUCCAUUGAACUGGAGGCUUUACAUUAAAAGUAGUAAUAAUGAUUGGAAUUCAACUUCUUGAUAGAAUAAGAACUCUCCACUCUGUUGGGUAUGUCCAUGGAGAUAUAAAGCCAUCAAACAUUAUGUUUGGUAAAGGAGAUAAAAAGAAUAUCUUAUACCUUAUUGAUUAUGGACUCUGAAAGUUAGAAUGAAAAUAUAUCAAAGAAAAUCUCCCUAGUUCGAUUUUCAAUAAACAAUACUUAUGGCUGCAUGGCACUCCUUUAUUUGCUAGUAUAAAUGCACAUCUAGGAUGGUCGAAAAUGUUCAAAAAGGAUGAUCUUGAAAGCUUUAUCUACAUGCUAAUCAAUAUAAGAAGCCCUGUCUUACCAUGGUUUAAGAUCCCUAUCAUUGAUGACAACUACAACAAUAUUCUCCAAGCAAAGAUGAAAAUUACCCCUGAUGUGUUAUGAAAAUAACGUGCCAGAAGCGUUCAAAAAGAUCUAUGUCUACAUUCGGAAGCUAAAGCACUACGACCCUAUAGAUUACGAUCUCAUUAAGCGUUACUUACUUGAAGCAGCUUCAGCACACAACCUGAAUAUCCCUGAAGAUAUGUCAAAGUUCAAAUUUUAUUGGCUGCUUGAGAGCAAGCGUAACACAGAUGAGCUCUACUACUCUAAGCGUAAAAAGCACCUCCAUUCCUGUGUUUCGUACUACAAUAAGUCCAAUAGUGAUGAAAUGGGCAUGAAUAAGUCAAUAAGAUCCCCGAAAAAGGAACUAAAGCCUGAGAUUAAGAAGAAAGAGGAAAUUAAACAAGAAUCUAAACUACAAAGGAUUAAUGAAGGUCAGAAGACCAUUAAGAAUCGUAAACGCAAGUUUAAUAGAGGUACUAAGAAGAGAAUGAAUCUUGCUGCGGCUAGAGGCUACCAGAGUACAGUUAACAGCUUCUCAUAGCAUCCAAGGUUAAAGGCAUAGGAUCUCCUGGGCUUAACCGGCUUAAUAAAAUCCAAGCUAGAGAUUUUAACCAGAGAAUGAUGAAAAUGCUCCAUGUUAAUGCAAGCAAAAUUGGUCAAUCAAAUAACUCGGUUAUCUCAAGUCCUUCCAAGAAUAAAGAUGGUGACUCAAAAUUCAACUUCAAUAAAAGAUAUGAUGACAGCAGCCAUGGAAGAGUUGAAGAGAAAAAGCAAGUUCUAGCUAGUCAGAAAAGAGUUGACCAGGUUAAGAAUGCCAUUAAAGAAGAAGAUAGUGGUGUGGAAAAGAUUUCUUCCCUCUCUUACAUCGAUCUACAACCUGAUUUUCUUCUUGAACUCGAUGAAGGGAUGGUAAAACAGACUCCUUCUGUCCUAAAUGCCAAGCCGAUGCAUCUCAAAGAAAUAUUAACCUAUCGAGAUUUACCUGUGGAAGAGCUUAAGGUUAACAAAUUGUCUUAAAUUCUAA